GAGGGGAGGAGAGAAGGAGGACCCAAAGAAAGAAGUUUGAAAGGAAUAGAGAGACGUUUGAGUGACCGGCUCGGCAGAAAAGAAAAGAGCGGAGGUAGAAAGCAGGAGGAAGAAGGAGAAGACCGUGUGUGUGCGCGACUGCGAGCUUUUGGAUUUUUUUUAAAAACCCGCUGUCGGGGAGCCGCUGGGCACGCGCCUUGCUCCUGUGUGCGUCGUCGGUCGGAUUAGAUGAGUUUGACUUCACGAUGAGGAGCGACCCUGUUCUGUUCGCUUCCAGCAGGGCGAUGGAGGAGCUGGUGUGUGAGCUUCGUCUGUUCCUGGACCUGCUGGACAGGGAGUAUCUGAGUGCCGGGGUCCGAGAGAAGAAGACACACCUCUCCAACAUCCUGCACAGAGUCCUGUCAGACAAAGAGCCUUCGUUCAAGUCAGAGAUCCAUAGUGGUCUUCCAGCCCCACCUCAGAUGCCCCUACCGGAGAUCCCCCAUCCCUGGCUGCCUCCAAACAAUGGCCCUCCUCCGCUGCCCAGCACCUCUCUGCCAGAAGGUUACUAUGAGGAAGCAGUUCCCUUAAGUCCUGGGAAGGCUCCUGAAUACAUCACCUCCAACUACGACUCGGAUGCCAUGAGCAGCUCCUACGAGUCGUACGACGAGGAAGAGGAAGACGGGAAGGGUCAGAAGAUGCGCCACCAGUGGCCGUCUGAGGAAGCGUCCAUGGAUCUGGUGAAGGAUGCCCGGAUUUGUGCAUUCCUGCUGCGCAAGAAACGAUUUGGCCAGUGGACCAAACUCCUCUGUGUCAUCAAGGACAACAAACUGCUGUGUUACAAAUCCUCCAAAGACCACACCCCUCAGAUGGAGCUUACCCUAUCAGGGUGCAGCAUUACUCACGUCCCCAAAGACGGCAAGAAGAAGAAGCAUGAGCUGAAGAUCGUCCACCAGGGGGCGGAUGCCUUGGUGCUGGCUGUACAGAGCAAAGAACAGGCCGAGGAGUGGCUCAAGGUGAUGAGAGAGGUGUGCAUUAAUGGAAGUGUAGACUUGGAUGGAGGUGGAUCUGGAUCACCAGUGCACAAGCCUGAACUGGAAAAGAAGGCAUCGAGUGACAGGCCGAGCUCAGAUGGUGAAGCGACCCAUGAGAAUGGACACAGCGACUGCAAGGACCAAGGAAAAGGAAAGAAAAACUCAAAGUCAGAGCAGAAGACUGGAACCGUGGGGAAGGGAGCAGGCAAAAAGAUCACUAAGAUCAUCGGGCUGGGGAAGAAGAAGCCAUCCAUGGACGAACAGACUUCAUCCGCAGAAGAAGAUGUACCCACAUGUGGAUACCUGAAUGUGCUCUCCAACAACCGUUGGCGGGAGCGCUGGUGCCGCCUGAAAGAUAACAAGCUGCUCCUCCACAAGGACCGGGAUGACUUGAAGAGCCACAUCGCCUCUCUGCCCCUCCGAGGCUGCGAGGUCAACCCCGGCCUUGACCACAAGCACCCCUUUGCCUUCCGUCUACUUCGUAACGGCCAAGAAGUAGCCGUACUGGAGGCCUCCUCCUCUGAGGAGUUGGGUCGCUGGUUGGGGGUUUUACUGGCAGAGACUGGCUCUACCACCGACCCAGCCACCUUGCACUACGACUACAUCGAUGUCGAGACCACGGCCAACGUCAUCCAGCUGGCCAAGCAGUCCUUCUGUUUCACCAGUAAGCGCGCUGUCUCUCCUAACCCGUACCUGGACAACCCAGUCAAUGGCUACGCCUGCCCCACUGGUAUGGCGCUGCACUAUGACGAUGUUCCGAUAAACGGAAUGCUAAAGGGAAAGAAGGGAGCAACAACCAAUGGGGUGUCAUCAAAACAAAAGGCAGAGCCAAAGAAUCAGUCCAAGAAGAACGGAUUCAAUGGGACAAAUGGGACAGCAUCUCUAAAGCGCAACAACUCCACAGAUGCGGAGCAGUGUAAGUACGGGAAGAACCGAGUGGAGGCGGAUGCCAAGCGACUGCAGACCAAGGAGGACGAGCUGAUGAAGAAGAAGCAGGAGAUCAGGAACCAUCUGACCCAGCUCAAGAAGGAGAGGAGAGACUUGCGCACUGCUGUGGAGGCUGCCGCUGGCAAACGUUCGCAAGCCUCUCUGUCAGAGCGACUGAAGAAGGUGGAGGAUGAUUGUAGGCAAAAGGAGGAAGAGAGGGUGAAUCUGGAGCUGGAGCUAACAGAGGUGAAGGAGAGCCUGAAGAAAGCACUGAGUGGAGGCGUCUCCCUGGGCCUCACCAUCGAACCGAAAGCCGGCUCCUUGGGCCUCCAGUCACCAGCGAUGAUGCGACGGACGCAGGAGUCUUCUCCCUUCUCCAGCUGUGACACCAGUGACACGGAGUCCUGCUCCCUGCCAGUCAACAGCGCUUCACUGCUCCGCCGGCAGCAGGGCAGCCAGAAGCCCUCACCGGUCCGGGGACACGUCCUCAGGAAGGCUAAGGAAUGGGAGCAGAAGAGUGGCACAUAAACUGCGCGAGGCCUCGCACCAGUCUUCCUUUGAUUUCUUUUUUCUGUUGAAGAAAUUGUGUAUAUAUUUAUUUAAAACUGUUCCAACAGUCAGAGAGCAUGCUGAGGAGGACACAAGCAUAGCAUUCAUAAACCAAAACAAGUGGCUGGUUUUAGUAUACUCCUAAUACCACAACAUACAUAGCAACCUUUUUAAACGUUUAUACUAUUGAGCAUGCUUAGUGUACUAAGUUGUGCAAAGUGUGUUGUCCGCUGUAAUUUCUUUACAAACAACUUAACAGUCUUUUUUUUUUUCCCUCCCGAAGUCUGUUGCAGCAGUUUGAGUUUUUAAAAAAAGGUCAAAGGUCAAAACC